UAAAUAAUGUAAUAAUUAACAGUGUAUAUUAAUUAAUUGCUUUAUAUGAUCCAUAAAGAAUUAAGGUAACAUGUAUCAGAACGAGUCAAUAACUCAACAUUUCAAUCAAGACGAUGUCUUAAACAUUAAGUAAUUAAAAAUAAUGAUAAAAUAUAACAUAAUAUAUAUAAUAACAUAAUAUAAUAUAACAUAACAUAAAAUAUAACAUAAUAUAAUAUAACGUAAUAAAUUGUUAACUAUAAUUAGUGAUAAAAUUGCUAAGUAUUAAUUUCGGUUGUUUUUCCGCUUUCUCAUUAACUGUAAAAUCCAGAAGCCAGAAUGAAAUUGCUGACGUUCCUAAUGAUGUUAACGCUGCUGCUCAUUUACUCCUUGAUUGGUGGUGUCAUAUUCAAGAACAUCGAAACUCCUAAUGAAGAUUUCGUCAAGAAGAGCGCUAACUCUACGUUUGCCAGACUGCUGGAGAACAACGACUGCCUGACACCAAACGACAUUGCAGACUUCCAGGACAUUACCACCGAUAUGCUAGAGAACGGACUGCUACUCAAAUCUGACAGCAACAGCACCGCAAGACCUUCGGCAUUCUUCAGGGAGACCUUCGACGUCAGAUCAGCCAUCCUUGUCGCCUCUUCCAUUGUCACUGGCAUUGGUAUAAAACACGCCUAUCCAGUGACAACAGGCGGCCGAAUUUUCUGCAUCGUCUUCAGCUUCUGCAUCUCUUAUUACAGCUACAUCGUUCUGUAUUCAGUCGGAUUUUUAGUCGACCGACUCUUGGAGGUUUUCUUCAAGAAGCUGAACAAACGUUUAACGAAGAGGAGUGUCAACGUGUUUAUACACUUCAGGCAAACUGUUUUGUUGACUUUCGGCAUAAUUUUCCUCGUUCUCAUACCAGCUGGAAUCAUCUGCUCCGUUGAAAACUGGCCGUACGAUCAGACCCUCUACUUUUGUUUUCUCUAUGCCAUUUCUUUGGGAUUUGCCGAUUACAUCCCUGGAGAAGAUCCAAACUUUCAAAGAAGUGAGGGCUUCAUAAAAUGGUACAGACUGGCCAUUGCUUUCUGGUCACUAAUAACUUUCCUCUACCUCUCCCUCAUCAUCUACCAGUUCAAUGGAUUGUUUGGCAGAUUCAUCUGGGAAAACAUGGAAAAAAUUGUUGAUGACAGAAUCGAGAGAGUCAAAUAUAUCAGGGAUAAUAACGUCUACAGGGAAGUCUUGAAGAAACAUCGAGAAAAAUACCUCAAAAAGUUUCAAAAAAAUUCACAAACGGAGGCAGCGAUGAGGAGGGUUGGCUGGAUGGAUGAUCAGAAAAAGAUUCAAACCGGAGCUAUCCAAUCAGACGUCGGAAACGUCGUUUCCGACACAAACCCAACUUAUCCCAUUCCAGACAAGAUCCAGCCACCAGAUUACCAACAGCCUGUCUCCAACGUCAUUUUAUACGAUCCGAACUUUGGUCAUGGAAGAAUAUCUUCAGGAGAAGUCAGCGUGAUAAAAUUUUGAAGGUUUGAUGGUGCUGACGACGACGAAGAUAAUGGCGAUGAUGAUGAUGACGAUGGUGAUGAUAAUGGUGUAAUGGUGAUGAUGACGGUGGUUGGUUGAGAUGAUGACGAUAAUGAGAAUGAUAGUGGUGAUUUUGAUAAUGAUAUAUUAGCUAGUAUACUAAUAAGCUUUUAUAAAGACACAAACAAAUGAUAUAAUGUUAUUAUUACAGUAUCGAGAUAAUAUUAAAAUAAUUGCAUUAAAUUACAGUGCAUAGAUAUCAAUAAAUUGUAAUAUAUA